GGGGUCUGCGCCACCGAGGCCUCCCCCGCGCCCGCCAAACCUGUCGAGCGCUCGGGCGACCCGCGGAGUCGCGGGUUGGGCCGGAAGCCGAGGACCCAAGCCGGGGAGCUAGGACGCGCCUUGUCCACCCACCGCCCCUCAUCGCGCCUGCUUACCCCGACCUGCGGGCCGAGGACACCCUGCCCCGCGCCUCUGCCGCCUCCCACCCUCCUUUUGCUCGAUAGGCGUGGAGGAGCUGCUGGGCCGGCCGGCGGUCGGAGACCCGGCCUCUGGCCACAGCUGGCUAGGCCUUGGCCUCGCAAAGGCCACUGUCUGUGCAGAGGGCCUCGGCCCUUGCAUCUCUGAAAUGGAGGAUGACAGGACCUGCCCUGCCUGCACCGCUUGGGUGGAUUGCAGGCUUGGCACCGCCUCUGCCUGAAAACUCCUUCGGAGCCCGACAGUCUUUAGAAUCUCCCGGGGAGCUUCCCCAGUGCUGAGAACCCCAGAACCACCGGGCGAUUGUAGUUUGCAGCCAGGACUGAGAACCACUAGCCCAGAGUGUCAAGUGACCCUACCGAGCUCGAUCGUGUGUUGUAUUCUCGCUAGGAAUGUGUACUAUCAGAAAACAAACGGCUGAGUUUUGUUUUGUUUUGUUGUCCAAGUAGACAAGACCCAAAACCUGGUUUGCUUAUUUAUUUCCUAGUGGUGCAUAACGCGCACCAGUGAUUAAAUUUCUGGUUACUUCCCAACCUAGUGGAAGAGUUUUGGUUAUUUGGCUUGCUUUUAAGCUUUUUAUUAUGGAAACUUUUCAAAUCUAUACAAAAACAGAAUUGUGUACAGAAUGUACCAACUCAUGUACUAAUCGCUAAUUGAUCUAGUUUCAUCUGGCACCCUCACCCCCACUGGAUUAUUUUAAAGCAAAUCAAAAUGUACCAUUUCAUCCAUUAAAUACUGGCUUAUGUUUAUACAACACAGUAACUCCUUGAACAUAACAGCAUUAUCAGUCUCAUAAGUCUCUUGUUACUCUCUGGUGAAGUUUGCAUUUCCCCUGUUCUCUCAUUUUUUUUCCCCCUCCCAUCAUCUGGUGGUCCAAAUCAGGAUUCAAACAAGCUAGACAUGUUACGUUUGUUUGAUGGCUCACAUCUCUUUGUCUCCUCUCUCUUGAUUAUUAUUUUUCCUAGUAUUUAGGUUGUUGAAGAAGUCAAGCCAUUUGUCCUGUACUGUUUCUUACACACUGAAUUUUGCUUUUUCCUUCCCUGUGGUGUGCUCUAAUAAACGUGUUUAGAAGACAGCCUUUUCCAGAUACAGGUUAUAUUUUUUGGCAAGAAAAACCUCAUCGGUUACUGUGUGCUUCAUAUUGCAUCACGUCAGGAGUUGGAUUAGGUCGUGUCUCUGUGGUGGGUGGAAGAUGUCUAUGGAUGUGACAUUUCUGGGGACAGGCGCAGCAUACCCGUCCCCGACCCGGGGUGCCUCCGCACUGGUCCUUCGGUGUGAAGGCGAGUGCUGGCUCUUUGACUGUGGGGAGGGAACCCAGACACAGCUUAUGAAGAGCCAACUUAAAGCAGGGAGAAUUACCAAGAUCUUCAUCACGCAUCUUCAUGGAGACCAUUUCUUUGGCCUUCCUGGCCUCCUCUGCACAAUCAGCCUGCAGAGUGGGUCCAUGGUCACCAAACAGCCCAUCGAAAUCUAUGGCCCUGUGGGGCUUCGGGACUUUAUCUGGCGAACCAUGGAGCUCUCUCACACGGAGCUGGUCUUCCCUUAUGUGGUCCAUGAGCUGGUGCCUACAGCGGAUCAGUGUCCUACAGAAGAACUGCAAGAAUCUGUGCAGGUGGAUAAAACAGACAACCCCCCCAAAGAGGGAGAAGGACGAACUAUCCUGUUAGACUCAGAAGAAAACUCGUACCUCCUGGUUGAUGACGAACAGUUUGUUGUGAAAGCGUUUCGCCUCUUUCAUCGAAUACCCUCCUUUGGGUUUUCAGUCGUGGAGAAGAAACGCCCAGGUAAACUCAACGCACAGAAACUGAAAGAUCUGGGUGUUCCACCAGGUCCUGCCUAUGGGAAGCUGAAAAACGGAAUUUCUGUUGUUCUGGAAAAUGGAGUUACAAUUUCUCCCCAAGAUGUCUUAAAGAAGCCUAUUGUUGGAAGAAAAAUCUGUAUUUUGGGUGACUGUUCUGGGGUUGUGGAUGAUGCAGGAGUAAAGCUGUGCUUUGAAGCAGACCUGUUGAUCCAUGAAGCGACCCUGGAUGACACCCAGAUGGACAAAGCAAAGGAGCAUGGCCACAGCACGCCACAGAUGGCAGCAACAUUCGCAAAGCUGUGCCAAGCAAAGAGGCUGGUUCUGACUCACUUCAGUCAGAGGUACAAACCAGUUGCCUUGGCCAGAGAAGGAGAAGCAGAUGGGAUUGUAGAACUUAAAAAGCAAGCUGAAUCAGUGUUAGACCUCCAAGAAGUGACUCUCGCAGAAGAUUUCAUGGUGAUCAGCAUUCCGAUCAAGAAGUGAAACCAGUAUUCCUGAAUGCAUUCUGAUGUGUCUGUAAAUAUGUUAUUGAACCAACAGUCACAUUUGGUUUUUUUGUUGUGGUGGUGGUGGUGGUCAUUGUCAUUUUGGUCUAAAAUUAUUUGAGUCCUCAUAAUCCUGAAAAGGAUGGAGCUGCAUUGCUGAACUAACUCAGCAUUGAGAGGGAGCAAGCUUUUUGAUAAUAAAUCACUUUAAAAAGAAUGAAACCAGCAUCCUUCUUAAAGUCCACAUUUGACAAAAUGAUAGGCUAUUCAGGUAUACAUGCUUUGUGGCUGCUGCUUCAGAGAUUAGUCAAUGCACCAUGCAAUCCUGGGCUUAGCUUCUAUCUAGCUUUAUUGCUGUUGUUGGCAAAGUAUGCAGGACUCGGCCUUCCUGGCUAAAAAUGGUAUUUUGGCAGUUUGUGUUGAAUCUGUUCAUGUUAUUAAUAAAAGAGAAAUGUAAUGAGAUAUUGGA